AUGGCGACGGGAGGCGGAUCUGCGGGAAUGAUGCUUCACGAGCAAAACAAACUGAGGGCUGAGAUUGAGAAGUGCAUGUACAAGUCUGUUCCUGGUCCUCAUGCGUUUCUGCUGGUCAUCAGACUGGGUGUGAGAUUCACAGAUGAGGAGAAAAAUGCAGUGAAAUGGAUUCAGAAGAACUUCGGAGAAGAUGCUGCUCAAUACACCAUCGUUCUGUUCACUCACGCUGAUCAGCUGAUGGGUAAACCAUUAGAUGAGUACAUCAGUGAAAGUAAUGACCUCAGGGCUCUUGUUGAUUCAUGUGGUGGCAGAUUUCACUCAUUCAAUAAUGAGAACAUGAGGAACCGCUCUCAGGUCACACGACUGCUGGAGAAGAUUGAGGAGAUGGUGGAGGAGAAUGAAGGACAGCACUACACUAAUGAGAUGUAUAAAGAAGCCCAGAGAAAGAUCAAUCAGGAGGCUUUUAUUCAAAGCAUGAAAGACAGGGGGAAAAUGGUGCUAACAGUAAUAGGAGCAUUAAUAUUAGUAGCAGAAGCAGCAGCAGCAGCAGCAGGAGCAGCAGUACAUUUAGUAGUAGGAGCAGGAACAGUACUAGCACUAGCAGCAGCAGCAGCAGGAAGAGUAGCAGCAGUGAUCGCAAUAGCAGCAUUGUUGAGUAGCCGAGUAGAUCAUUAUGCCAGUCACACGGGCUCCAUGUCUGUUGUUAGCCGCAAGCCACAGAGGCAAUAUGCAGAGCAAGAGGAGAACUCGGCACCAAGAAAUCAUCCGUGA